AUUUCUAAAGUAAUUCACCCUAUGGGUAUAAUAUGUACACAAAUCUCUACAUGAAUACAUACGUCACCAUCUACGAUCACUGAGCCGUUCGAACCGAAGACUUUUGUCAGUCAAACUUGCCUGGAAAGUCAGUGAUAAAUUUGAGACACUGAGGUUUUUCGAGGAACAUUGAAUGGAGCAGUCAUCUUGAUCUUACCAAUGACAUCAACCAACCAAUCAGAACCGCUGCUAUUCCAUCUGCAGUUUCAACAGGGCCCUGUCCACGGAGGAUUCUAUUGUUACAAUAGAUAUCCUCCAUGGACAGGUCCAUGAGUUUCCAGGCUACUUGGUUGUACCUGCCUGUACCAUCCAUGGCAAUAUCCAGGCCUGUGACUUGGUUGCGGUGCGAUGUGUUUACACAUUGCAAGAUCGAGUGCAGUGUUUACUGCAAAUUAGUAACAAAAUUCCAAGAAAGAAUCAAAUUGAUUUACUCUUUAUUAUUGGUGAAAGAGAAUAGAGAUUGUAGAGAAAGAUUAUCAAAGAUAUUAUGUUUGGUGCAGCUGUGGGUAGAAAUGGUUUCUAAUUUUUAUUAGAGCCUAUAUAUAGAUUUUUUUACGAUGCUUGUGAGUGAAGUGUGGGUGUGUGAAAUGCAAAUUAUGGUUUGAGAGUUUCAUCUUAAUUUUUAUCUAUUUUUUUAUAAUUUGUUUACUUUAUUUACAUUUUAAGUUGUUAUUUUUACAACUUUUGAUUUAAAGCCCACUUCACUUCUCACCUUUUAGUUUGCUAAUACACGUCAUAAAAACUAUCAAGGUGUUCUAGGACAAUUAAUACUUCAUAUUCUACAGGACAAUGGAAGGUUUCAUUGGUUACAAGUGCGCAGAGGCAGGCCUCACAACCACUAACAUCGCUUCAAAAAUAAGCCAAGUAACUCAGACAAAUGGGAUGGUUGUAGAACUUGCCUCAGUCAUGAACAGUGACCUAUGGAAAAGCUUAGGAACAGAGUUAAAAUGCAAUCCUGUAUCACUCAAUUCAGCAAUGGGGAGGGUGAAGGAGAAGUGUUCCAAGCUGAAGAAGAAUGCAACAACUGCUGGGAAGAAGGCCCUUGAAGAGUACUUAGCUAUGGCAUUCAACCUCCCUCAACGUAGAGAGACGAAGCAGAAGAUGGAACCCAGUAAGCCACAGUGUAGAAAUUGUGUAGGUCUUGUCAGAAGCUUGGAAACCUUUGAAAAGAAAAAAGAAGAGAGUGUGCAUCGUCUGCAGAAGAAAUUGGAGGAGUGUGAGAAGAAAAGAUCAGAGGAUAGAAGAAGUGCUUCCAAGAAAUUGAAAGCUUUGUAUUCCAUCAUUGGAGAAGUUGGUUGCCCAAAAGAUGUCAUCCAGAACUUCAAGAGACUUAGAUCCAGCCGGUCUAUGUGGCAAUGUAAAUUUCAGGCCCUGAAUUCCACUUACACUAGAGUCCAGUCACUGCAUCGAAGAGCAGUUAACAGAUGUAAACUUUAUAAAUCCAGACUAGAUCGCCUGAGAUCCAAGAAGAGCAAAGAACCCAGAUGUAAACAGCCCAAGCAAAGACCUCCAGCUACUUUAGGACAUGUUGAUUAUAUUGACGACCUUCAUCGAAAUAUUGAUGAGUUAGAAGUACAAGUAGAGAGCUUCACCAAACCACUUUGUACGAAGGAAGGAAAAGAAUAUUCAAGUAGUAUCAGACAAGUCUCGUACUUCCUUCAGGUCAGUAUAUUCUGUUGUCUAACAAUCAAGUGAAUCAAAAACAAAAUUUACUACGUAACAAUUACAUAUGAAAUAUGUACUAAAACACGGUUUCUGGAAGUGGAAGCAUAUCAUCAUACAACAUAAAUUUUCAAGGUUUUCUAAGUAUUAAGAAAAGUGGUAAUGUUGGUUCAUUAGUAGUCUGUUUAUAGUGUGUAUUCAACUUACUACUCUCAUUUCUUUAUUUGUUUGCAUUCAAAUUACACUCGGUAAAAUGAUCCUUGGGUAAUACCACAUGUGUGUUCAUGAGGAAAAUGAGGUCAAAGGUCAUUAAGGGGUCAGACAUGUAUUACAUAUUUCAUUGAUCGCGAAUUCAGGUGAGUCUCGUUUGUGAACCAUCUUGUUAAGUUAGUCACCGAAAUAACUUGAUUUUAUAAACAAAGAACAAAAAUACUUUUAUAUCCGAUAGGCCUAUAUAUAAUUUGGAAUGUUUUGAAUGCCUGGGUUUUAAAGGGAGUAAAAUUAACAUGGUAAAAUGCUGAAAAUUUCAUCCAAAUUGGGAAAAAAUAACGAAGUUAUUGAAUUAAGUUAAUUGAUAUUUUGUGAAGAUAGUUAUAUGCACAUCAUCAUGAAUAUUCAUUAGGUGGGCUGAUGAUUUCUCAUCCCCAUUUUCCUUUUACUUAUGUGGUUACAUGAAAGCAUAAAUGUUUCAUUAUUUCGUAUAUUUGUAUAUGAUGUGUCUCCAUUAUGAUGAAAUGAAUUGCGGCAGUAAAUAACUAAUGCACUUAAUCAGUUGUUUAGUACUUGGUAGAAAAUUUGUUAAAAACUAAUUUCAUAUAAUAAAAUACAAAUAAACAAGUGGGGGUAUGACAUCAUCAGCCCACCUGAUGAAUAUUCAUAAAGACAUGUCUAGAUCUGUUUCACCAGAAU